UAAUUCAUUUGCAUUUUAUUGCAUGACAUAAGUAUUUGAUACAUCAGAAAAGCAGAACUUAAUAUUUGGUACAGAAAUCUUUGUUUGCAAUUACAGAGAUCAUACGUUUCCUGUAGUUCUUGACCAGGUUUGCACACACUGCAGAAGGGAUUUUGGCCCACUCCUCCAUACAGACCUUCUCCAGAUCCUUCAGGUUUCGGGGCUGUCGCUGGGCAAUACGGACUUUCAGCUCCCUCCAAAGAUUUUCUAUUGGGUUCAGGUCUGGAGACUUGCUAGGCCACUCCAGGACCUUGAGAUGCUUCUUACGGAGCCACUCCUUAGUUGCCCUGGCUGUGUGUUUCGUGUGGUUGUCAUGCUGGAAGACCCACCCACGACACAUCUUCAAUGCUCUUUACUGAGGGAAGGAGGUUGUUGGACAAGAUCUCGCGAUACAUGGCCCCAUCCAUCCUCCCCUCAAUAAGGUGCAAUCUUCCUGUCCCCUUUGCAGAAAAGCAUCCCCAAAGAAUGAUGUCUCGGAGGGGAUGGUAGGGGACGCCAUGUGCGACUGACGUGUUUUCCGUUUGCUCCCGUGGUAUUCUUAAAGUUUAUGUGAAUUCUGCAGCAGAACCGUAUUUAUUUUUAAAAUAUUAAUUUGGUGAUCCCUUUCCAUAAAAACCAAGACUACUUUGCUUCCGAAUGUCAGCAUGUCGACCAAACAUAAGGCCAAAAGCAUGACUUUGAGAAAACCCGGCCUACAAGACCCGCUCUCAUCACCGCCCUCUCCUGAGUCUGAGGGCCCGGGGACGCACACUCUACCCGGGGGCGCGGCUUGGCCUGGCGGUGCUGAAAUGAACAUUCUCGAGGCCAUCAAACUACUACGCUCUGAGAUAGUUGAAAUGAAAACACAGGUGGUUGCUACGAUUGAGGCCAGAAUACAGGAGGUUUCUGAUACUUUAAAAGCAGAUUUAACCAUCCUGCGGAACGAGACUGUGCCAGCAAUCACAUUACUCAAAACAACAACUGCGUCACACACUACAACGAUUGCAGCCCUGGAGACCUCCGCUACUUAUGUCUCCGAUUUAACUACAUCCCUGGAGGCUGAAGUUAAACGCCUAGCUGCGGAUUUGAAAAAGGUGAAGGAGAGCUGUGUGAGUCUAGAGGGAUUCUCUCUCUGCAAUAAUCUGAGACUUGUAUCGGUCCCAGAGCCCGCGGAAAUGCAUCUUGCCACGGAUUUCGUUUCAGGGCUGCUGAAGGAUGUUCUUGCCUUAGAUGAAAAGCUCCUGAUUGAUCGAGCUCACCGGUCGCUAAACCCAAAGCCCCGGGAUGGGGAGAGGCCCCGUGACAUAAUUCUUCGAGUGCACUUUUUUCAUGAGAAGAUGGAGAUCCUCCGACGAGCCCGCAAUACCACUCUGAGCUUUCAAGGACAGAGCUUUUCCAUCUACCAGGACUACUCCCCCACUGUUUCCAGGCAGCGCGCAGCUUUCGGACAGGCCAAACCAGUACUUUGGGACCAUCCAAGUGUGAAGUAUGGACUGCGAGUCCCGGCCCGUUUAUGGAUAUCUCAUGAGGGUAAAGACUACACAUUUGAAUCUCCGGAUGAGGCUAUGGCUCACAUUCAACGUCACAUCAAGAAGUCUUGAAUAUGCUCACAGUUCAGCAACUGUUGCUUGCGAACUGUGGAUAGUGACAGUUUUGAUACUCAUCAAUACAUCCUGUAUCAAAAGGUUGGCUGGACUUUGCUAUAGACCCGAAGAUCUCUACAUUACUCAAUUUUUGUUUACAAGGUCCUACUUCACAAACUUCCAUCUUAUCUAUCUUUUCUGUUGAAGUAUACACAGUAUAACAUAUUGUUACAUAUUCUUACCUCUUUGUUGAUUCAUAUCCAUUGAAUUGUGUCCAUUUUCUGUUUCAGUAAGAAUUCUUAAAAAGUGUCAAAUAACACAGCCAUUUGCACAAAUAUGAAAACCCAGAUGGUAUCAUCAUAAAAUAAUAUAAAUUUAGAUCAUAAAGGGAGAAACCUUACCUUAAAUUGAGAAGAUAUUUACAUUUUUCAGUUAAGUGCCUGCACCUGCUGUCCUCUCAAAUUCAAAUAAAAAUAAUUAAUUUGGACAGUUAGGUAACAGCAAGAACCCCCAAGAACUAAAGAGGUUCCUCAAUCGCACCUCCUAUGGGGUUCCUUGUUGACCCCUAAUUUGAUUUGCCUAACCCAUUCACAGUAUUGGUUAACUCUUGAGGUUCCUAGGCUCUCCACUGAGCUAGGUAAACCUGAUUUUAUAUAUAUGCCAUUUAGCAGACGCUUUUAUCCAAAGCGACUUACAGUCAGUCAUGUGUGCAUACAUUCUACGUAUGGGUGGUCCCGGGAAUCGAACCCACUACCCUGGCGUUACAAGCGCCAUGCUCUACCAACUGUGCUACAGAAGGACCACAAUUUUAGUUUUAGUGAACCGUAUUGCUGGAACAAAAUUCAAAAUACAUUUAAUCUUAAUGUUCUGGUGCCAUUUGGACAAUUGAAUGUAGUGAUGGGGACUUAUUUGUGGAGGAAUGUAACUGUUUUCAUGGGUGAUUUGUAAUGUUUGAUUUGUGCUUCCAGUGACUGUAUUUUUGUAUUUUAAUG